AUGUCGGAAUUCUCACCGCUGCACUCCAAUGAGGAGACUAAGGGUCAGGAGACGCGUGCAACCUGCCUGCUCCAGGACACGGGAGGGGUGGAAAGAGGAGAGAAGGGUAGAGGAGAGGAGGAGCGAGGAGCCGCUCCAGGAGAGCUCACCCCUCGCCUGUGGGGUCUGGUGGGAGCCUCGGAGCCAGCCCAGCAGCUCUCCUCACUGGAGGGGCGGACAGGACAGGACCGGCUGCUCAUCCCGCGCUGAAGGUGAGGCCGGGGUUCCAGGAGUCUUGGCUGGACACAAUCACCUGACCUGGGGGUUCAAAGGCUACUGGUUCCUGUCCCAUCUGGGGACCAUUUCCGGGGACCCUGGCACCCACAAGCCUGGAUCCUCCCAUGGUCUGCUGCUUUCCUUCAAGCCCUGGCCUCGUCAGACCCCCAAGCCUCCCUACACAGGGUUAAUUAUUCACGUGGCCCGGGACCCAGGUACAAAGUCUUCUCUUUCCCUGACACAGUAGGGUCCACGAGGAAGUCAGGAUCCACUGACAGUGUUUGCAGUGUUGUGUUUAAUGUGGCAACUGGUUGCGUGACGAUAGAGAAGUAA